AUGGAUGCACUUCUUUGGGCAAGGGUGUUGAGUGUCACCAAAAACUCUGUAGCUUCAGGAACUUCGAUAGCGCACGCGAUGGAUUCCGAGUACAUCCGAGAUAACUUCAUCUCAGGCGGCAGCAGCAGCACAAGAGACACUAUUGGUGAUAAUCUGUAUGAUUGUCUCGGUGUGAGCAAGCUCGCGACGCCGGAGCAGAUCAAGGCACUGCAGGUGCAUCCGGACGUGGUAUUGGAAUAUCAUAGAGAAGAGGACACGAAGGUGUUUCGGGAUCUUCAAGUGGCUUAUAAUAACCUUUCUGAUAGCCAAGCCAGAGCUACUUAUGAUCAAAAACUUAGGAUGCGAGACACAGGGCCUGUUUCUACAAAGCUCUCAUAA